CACAUGAACAGCUUAGCGCAGCAUCCAGCGUCCAUCCCCGCCUGAGCGCAGCACUCCUACCCGGCGCAUCGGCACCGACGCACGGAGGGGGCGCAUCAUCCGAGUGAUGCCACAGCUUCAGCCGCGUUCGGACAACAAACACUGAGAGCCGAUCUAACAACAACAACAAAGGGGGGAAAAAAGGAGGAAUACGAUAAACAAACAAAAACAAACAGACAACCUCGUUCCAGGCUGGGAGAGGAGCUGCUCAUGAAGAUGUCUAACGCUGACAUCGUCUUAAACGCCGUCGAUCGGGUGGUGAAAUCUGUCCCCUUCCCCCUGAGUCACCGUCUUACAAUGAAGGAAGUGUUUGACUGUGAAGGGAAGCCCCGUGUGGAUCUCCUUAAGGCCCACCUGACCAAGGAAGGUCGUGUGGAGGAGGCUGUGGCUCUUCGCAUCAUCAAUGAGGGAGCAGCAAUCCUGCGCCAGGAAAAAACUAUUCUGGAUAUCGAGGCACCAGUCACAGUGUGCGGGGACAUCCAUGGGCAAUUCUUUGAUCUAAUGAAGCUGUUUGAGGUGGGAGGAUCACCCGCCACAACACGGUACCUGUUCCUUGGGGACUAUGUUGACCGUGGCUACUUCAGUAUUGAGUGUGUUUUAUACCUUUGGUCCCUGAAAAUUCUCUAUCCAAAGACACUAUUUUUACUCCGGGGAAAUCAUGAAUGUAGACAUUUGACAGAAUAUUUCACCUUCAAACAAGAAUGUAAAAUCAAGUACUCAGAGCAGGUGUAUGACUCAUGUAUGGACGCGUUUGACUGCCUUCCACUGGCUGCACUCAUGAACCAACAGUUUUUGUGUGUCCAUGGAGGACUCUCGCCUGAAAUACACACCUUAGAUGACAUUAAAAAGUUGGAUCGGUUCAAGGAGCCACCGGCUUUUGGGCCAAUGUGCGACUUGCUCUGGUCAGAUCCUCUGGAAGACUUUGGCAAUGAGAAAACCCAGGAAUAUUUUAGCCACAACACAGUUCGUGGCUGCUCCUACUUCUACAGUUAUCCCGCUGUGUGCGAGUUCCUACAGAGCAAUAACUUAUUGUCGGUCAUUCGGGCGCAUGAAGCACAAGAUGCUGGCUACCGGAUGUAUCGUAAGAGCCAAACAACCGGAUUUCCAUCGCUCAUAACCAUCUUCUCUGCACCAAACUACCUGGAUGUUUACAACAACAAAGCUGCUGUACUGAAAUACGAAAACAAUGUCAUGAACAUCCGACAGUUCAACUGCUCACCACAUCCCUACUGGUUGCCCAACUUCAUGGAUGUAUUCACCUGGUCUCUGCCAUUUGUGGGAGAGAAAGUCACAGAAAUGCUGGUAAACGUGCUGAGCAUCUGCUCUGAUGAUGAGCUCAUGAAUGAUGAAGACGAGAUCUUUGAUGCCAACGUUGCUGCAGCACGCAAAGAGGUGAUCAGGAACAAGAUCCGUGCUAUUGGAAAGAUGGCUAAAAUGUUCUCAGUUCUCAGGGAGGAGAGUGAAAAUGUGUUGACACUUAAGGGCCUGACGCCGACUGGCAUGCUGCCGAGCGGGGUUCUUUCUGGAGGAAGGCAGACACUGCAGAGUGCCACCAUUGAGGCCAUUGAAGCCAUCGAGACGCAUGCUGAGGACAGAGAAGCUAUCCGUGGCUUCUCUCCCCAACACAAGAUCAGCAGCUUCGAGGAGGCCAAAGGCCUAGACCGCAUUAACGAGCGCAUGCCACCACGCAAAGACGGGGUGAAUCACGUGGGUCACUCCAUGGGAAAGAUGAAUAUGUCCGAGGCAAACGGCACCGAUGACAACAGCAACAUCCAGUGAUGUGCUGUCCCGCCCUCAGAGCCGUGCCGCUGUCGCAGUGUGCAGCAAGACAUUGCCAAAUCUGGAAAUCAGGCCUUCGAACACAGACAUAACACAGGCCUCAAGACAGGACAUCUGCAGCAAAUCUAAAAUAGGCGAAAAGGUCAUACAUUUCAUGGCAGUAUGUCAUCGCACAGUUGGGG